AUGCAAGACGAUUUUAUUAAGGAUAUGAGAAAAGGUUCAUCACCAAAUGAAAUUCCAUUAUUAUCCGGUAUAUUUCGACUAUUUUCAAUAAUCGCGCAACAAUUUCAACAAAUUGGUAACGAUGAUGAAGAGCAAAUCAUAAAUUCUCCAGAUUCGUUGCACUUGGGAGAGGUUGAUCAAGAAACAACAAUAGAUAAUUUUCAAGCGGCUGAAAAUUUUACAAUAAAAAAUCCUCCACAAGAAGAAAUACCGCCUAAGGAUCAUAUAAUAUAUAUUCAAAGUUUAGGUGGUGCUAUAGCUUGGGAUUGGGAUCCUGAUGAUUCAUUAUUAAAACAGCAAAUCGUUUUUAUGACGGAUGAGGGUAAAGCUAUUAACUUUAAUAAGCGAUUAGACUCUAUGGUACAAACGAACUAUCCAUUUUUUAUACCUCAAGUUGAAGGAGAUGUACUCUAUGAGGCACCGUUUGGACGACCAGAAACCAUGCCACAUCGACUAGGUUUCCACUCUAAUGGAAAAAAAUAUAAUGAUGGAUUCAGCGGCUAUGAAUACAACCAAGCAUGGGGUAAUGUCGGUGAUACCAUAGGUUGUGGAUACAAUCCUGAUGUUGGGCAUGUAUUUUUCACCAAAAAUGGAUAUUUUCUUGGCAAUGCUUUCAUGGGAAUACGUCAUGUCUGGUUUCCAACUGUCGGAUCAAAUGGAUCAUGCACUAUUAUGACCAACUUUGGAGAUUCUGAGAAUGAAUUUAAGUAUGAAAAUGCACGUGGCUAUGGGCCAGGUGGACCUCUAUUGAUAAGUAGUGAGCAACUGGAAUAUAAAUGGCAGAAUGGCAGUAAUAGAA